UAGGGAGGGGUGGAGAUGAGCAGCCCCUGCCUGCUGCGCGCUGCCCCCGUCAGCCAACCCCGGCUCCGAGAGGUCAAGCUCAGCGUGAAGGCCGGCGGCAGGGAGGCUGGAGCCCUGCGGAGCGGCGGCGGAGGGGCCAGGGAGGCCCCCGGGCGGCCCUGCACCCCGGCCGAGAAGGAGGCCCAGUCCCGGGUCGGCGCGGGCAGCAGCCGGAGCAGGAGCACCCCUCCGGUCCACCGGGCCCAGCGGCCCCCCGACGCCCGGAGGACGGCCAGGGGAGGCGGCGCCCGGCAGCCGGGGCCGGAGCACCACCCGGAGAGGAAUGGCACCGUCCUGCACGUCCCGCUGGCCGCCGCCGCCAGGGUCUCCCCGUUCUCCUCCUCGUCCUCCUCGUCCUCCACCUGCACCCCCAGACGUCCGCGGCCCUCCCACCUCCCCGCCCCCCUCGUCUCCUCCUCCUCCUCCUCCUCCUCCCUGGCCCGGAGCAUGAAGCGAGCGCGCUGGCUGAGUUACAGCACCUCCAACAUCUGCUUCAACUCCGUCCUGGACGGACGCUUCAGGCAGCUGCAAGAUGAACGUGAAGCAGUUCAAAAGAAGACCUUUACAAAAUGGGUCAACUCAAUCCUUUCCCGAGUCGGCUGUCGCAUCUCUGACCUGUACCUGGACCUGCGGGACGGCCGCAUGCUCAUUAAACUGUUGGAAGUCCUGUCCGGCGAGCGACUGCCGAAACCCACUAAAGGCAGGAUGCGAAUCCACUGUUUGGAAAAUGUGGACAAAGCGCUGCAGUUCCUCAAGGAGCAGAGGGUCCACCUGGAGAACAUGGGCUCCCACGACAUCGUCGACGGCAAUCAUCGCCUCAUCCUCGGGCUCAUUUGGACCAUCAUUCUGCGUUUCCAGAUCCAGGACAUCAUCGUGGAAACGGGCCAGGCGGACCAGAAGCAGACGCGCUCGGCUAAAGAUGCUCUUCUUCUGUGGUGUCAGAUGAAAACUGCAGGGUACCCCAGCGUCAGCAUCACAAACUUCACAACCAGCUGGAAAGACGGCAUGGCCUUCAACGCCCUCAUACACAAACACCGGCCAGAUCUGGUGGACUAUAGCAAGCUGAAGAGGUCCAAUCCCACCCACAACCUCCAGAAUGCCUUCAAUGUGGCGGAGCAGAAGCUCGGUGUGACCAAGCUGCUGGACCCGGAAGAUGUCUUCACGGAGAACCCAGACGAGAAGUCCAUCAUCACGUACGUCGUGGCGUUUUACCACUACUUCUCCAAGAUGAAGCAGCUCGCUGUGGAAGGAAAGAGGGUCGGCAAGGUUCUGGAUAACGCCAUCGAGACGGAGAGGAUGAUCGACAAGUACGAGACGCUGGCGUCGGACCUGCUGACGUGGAUCGAGCAGACCAUCAUCGUGCUGAACAACCGGAAACUGGCCAACUCCCUGACCGGCGUGCAGCAGCAGCUUCAGGCCUUCAACACGUACCGCACCGUGGAGAAGCCGCCCAAGUUCCAGGAGAAAGGCAACCUCGAGGUGCUGCUCUUCACCAUCCAGAGCCGCAUGAGGGCCAACAACCAGAGGGUUUACACGCCGAAAGAGGGAGCGCUGGUUUCAGACAUCAACAGGGCCUGGGAGCGUCUGGAGAGGGCGGAGCACGAGCGGGAGCGCGUCCUCAGAGACGAGCUGAUCCGGCAGGAGAAGCUGGAGCAGGUGGCGCGGAGGUUCGACAGGAAGGCCGCCAUGAGGGAGACCUGGAUGCAGGAGAACCAGAGGCUUGUGUCUCAGGACAACUUUGGUUACGACCUGCCAGCCGUGGAAGCCGCUAAGAAGAAGCACGACGCCAUCGAGACGGACAUCGCCGCGUACGAGGAGCGCAUCCAGAACCUGGUGGAGAUCUCAAAGGAGCUGGAGUCGGAGCGUUACCAUGACGCCAAACGGAUCGACGCCAGGAAAGACAACGUCCUGCGUCUGUGGGACUACCUGCAGGAGCUCCUGAAGGCUCGAAAGAGCCGCCUGGACAAGAACCUGACCCUGCAGAGGAUCUUCCAGGAGAUGCUGUACAUCAUCAGCUGGAUGGAUGAGAUGAAGGCGCGGCUGAUGUCCCCAGACUUUGGGAAACACUUGCUGGAGGUGGAGGACCUGCUCCAGAAGCACGCUCUGCUGGAGAACGACAUCGCUCUGCAGGCGGAGAGGGUUCAGGGCGCCAGCGCCGCCGCUCUGAAGUUUGCCAAUGGUGACACCUACAAGCCCUGCGACCCUCAGGUGAUCCGGGACAGGGUGCAGCACCUGGACCUGUGCUACCAGGAGCUCCGUGCUCUGGCCGCCCAGCGACGGGCCCGCUUGGAGCAGUCUCGCCGCUUCUGGAACUUCCUGUGGGAGGUGACGGAGCUGGAGAGCUGGAUCCGGGAGAAGGAGCAGAUCUUCUCCUCCCUGGAUUACGGCAAGGACCUGACCAGCGUGCUGGUGCUCCAGAGCAAACACAGCGCCUUCGAGGACGAGAUCGGGGCCCGGCGGGCCCACCUGGCCCAGGUCCUGAGCGAGGGGGAGACCAUGAUCCAGGAGCAGCACUUCGGCUCCCCGAGGAUCCAGGAGAGCCUGGACAGCAUCCGGCGGCAGUGGCAGCAGCUGGAGGAGCUGGCCGCGUUUCGGAAGCAGAACCUCCAGGACACGCAGACCUUCUUCCAGUUUCAGGGAGACGCUGACGACCUCAAGGCCUGGCUGCUGGACGCCAAGAGGCAGAUGAGCAGCGACGACGUGGGCACCGACGAGUUCACCACUCAGCGGCUGCUGAAGAGGCACAACGGCCUGAAGAAUGAGGCAGUGAAGAACGGCGCCACCAUCGAGGCUCUGUCCAGACAGGCCAACGCCCUGCCGGAGGAGCUGCAGAACACCCCCGACAUCCAGCGCCGCCUCAAGGACAUCAAGGACCUUUACAUGGAGCUGCUGUCUCUGGCUGACCUGAGGCAGAAGAAGCUGGACGACACCAUGUCCCUGUACACCGUCUUCAGCGAGACGGACGCUUGCGAGCUGUGGAUGGGCCAGAAGGAGACGUGGUUGGUGGACCUGGAGGUCCCCGAGAAGCUGGACGACUUGGAAGUGGUCCAGAACAGGCUGGCCAUGUUGGCUCAAGACAUGUCCCACAUGCAGCUGAGAGUCGACGACGUCAACAAGGCCGUGAAACAGCUGGAGGACAGCAGGCACCCUCGUACCAAAGAGGUCAAGGACUGCCAGGCGCGGCUGAACAAGAGGUGGGAGGCCUUCAAGGCCAUGGUGGAGGACAAGAAGAGGAGGAUCGACUCGGCCGGGAGUCUGCACAACUACGGCCUGGAGUGCGACGAGACGGAGACCUGGAUCAAAGACAAGACGCGGCUGAUCGAGUCCACGCAGGAGCUGGGCAACGACCUGGCGGCCGUCAUGACCAUCCAGAGGAAGCUGUUCGGCAUCGAGAGGGACUUAGCCGCCAUCGACGGCAAACUCACCUUCCUGAGGAGCGAGGCGGACCAGCUGGCCCAGGACCACCCGGAGAACGCCGCCCACAUCUUGGCCCGCCGAGGAGAGCUGGACGCGGCCUGGGACGCUCUCAGACAGACCCUGAAGGACCGGGAGGAGUCCCUGGGCGAGGUCAGUAAGCUGCAGACCUUCCUGCAGGACAUGGACGACUUCCAGUCCUGGCUCUACAAGGCCCAGAAGGCCGUGGCGUCGGAGGACAUGCCCACCUCCCUGCCCGAGGCCGAGGAGCUGCUGAGCCUGCACGACGCCGUGCGCGAGGACAUAAGCAACCACGAGGAGGACUAUCACCGCGUCAAGGACACCGGGGCCCAGGUGGUGCGGGACCAGGAGGACGACCCCCAGUACCAGCAGCUGGAGCAGAGGCUCGCGGGCCUGGGCCGCGGCUGGUUGGAGCUGCAGAAGAUGUGGGACAGUCGCAAGAACUUCCUGGACCAGGCUCUGGGCUUCCAGCAGUUCCUGAAGGACGGCAAAGCCGUGGAGGCCAUCCUCAACAACCAGGAGUACACACUGGCCCACAUCGACAGACCCGACACGUUAGCGGGGGCAGAGCAGGCUCUGAGGAAGCACGAGGACUUUUUGAUCACCAUGGAGGCCAACGAGGACAAGGUGGACGGCGCCCUGCAGGGCGGACAGCAGCUGGUGGACAGAAACAACCUGUACUCCGGGAAACUUCAGGACAAGAUGGACGCCAUCAGGGACAGGCAUAACAAGAAUAAACGACGAGCCGAGGAGGUGUCGGAGAAGCUCCGAGAUAACUGCGACCUGCAGCACUUCCUGCAGAACACUCAGGAUCUGACCGUGUGGAUCAAUGAGAAGAUGCUGACGGCGCAGGACACCUCGUACGACGAAGCCAGGAACCUCCACAGCAAGUGGCUCAAGCAUCAGGCCUUCAUGGCCGAGCUGGCCUCCAACAAGGACUGGCUCAACAAAGUGGACCAGGAGGGUCAGGAGCUCAUGCAGUCCAAGCCCGACCACGAGCCUGUCGUGAAGGAGCGUCUGGCGCAGCUCCACGAGCUCUGGGACAAACUGGAGUCCACCACUCAGGAGAAGGCUCGGCUGCUGUUCGACGCCAACCGUUCGGAGCUCUUCGACCAGAGCCUGACCGACAUGAAGAAGUGGCUGGGCGUUCUGCAGCAGCAGCUGCAGAGCGGAGAAGAGGAUGUCAAAGACCUGACCAACGCUAACAUCCUGCUCAAAAAGCACCAGAUGACGGAGAACCAGGUUCGUGACCGAGCGCGGGAGCUGGAGGAGCUCCAGGAGGCCGUCGUCAAGCACGGCGGAGCGAGGGAAGACCAGCCGGAGCUGGAGGCGGAGCAACAGGCCCUGCAGAGCGAGUUCCAGCAGCUCGUCACGCCGCUGGCCCAGCGCAGGGGCAGGCUGGAGGCCGCCAAGGCCGUCCAUCAGUUCUACAGAGACCUGGCCGAUCAGCUCCUCUGGAUCGAGGAGAGGAUGCCGCUGGCAAUGUCACAAGAGCAUGGCAACAAUCUCCAGACGGUGCAGAUGCUGUUAAAAAAGGAUCAGACGUUGCAGAGGGAGAUCGAGGGCCACCAGCCUCGAGUGGACGAGGUUUUGGAGCGAGGGAGGAGGAUGGCAGCUGCCGCCGGCGCCGAAGGCGGCCCCGAGGAGGAGAGGAUCACGGAGCAGCUGAAGGAGCUGGAGGAGGCGUGGGCCAGGCUUCGGGAUGAGAUGGCCAAGCGCCGCGAGCGUCUGGCCGGCUCCAGCCUGGUCCAGCAGUAUUACAACGACGCAGACGAGGCCGAGGCCUGGAUAGGGGAGCAGGAGCUCUACAUGAUCGCAGAUGAAAAGCCAAAGGAUGAACAAAGUGCCAUGCUCAUGUCGAAGCGCCACAUGAUCCUGAAGCAGGCCGUGGACGACUACGGCGACUCCAUUCAGAGGCUGUCGGACCAGGCCCAGAAGAUGUUUGCAGAGGACCAUCCUGACGGCGAGGAGAUCAUCCGGCGACAGGGUCAGGUAGAUAAGCAGUACGCGGGCCUGAAGGAGCUGACAGAGGACCGCAGGAAGAAGCUGGACCACACCUACCACCACUUCCUGCUGAGCCGAGAGGUGGAGGACCUGGAGCACUGGAUCGCAGAGAGGGACGUGGUGGCCUCCUCCCAGGAGAUGGGUCAGGACCUGGACCACGUCUCGCUUCUGAGGGAUAAGUUCAGAGACUUCGCCCGGGAGACGGGGAUGGCUGGCCAGGAGCGGGUGGACUUCGUCAACCAGACCAUAGACGAGCUGAUCGAGUCCGGCCACACCGAGGCGGCCUCCCUGGCCGAGUGGAAGGACAGCGUGAACGAGAGCUGGGCCGAUCUGCUGGAGCUCAUCGACACACGCGCACAGCUCCUCACAGCAUCUUACGAACUGCUUAAGUACUUUGACGAUGGGAAGGAGCUGGUGACUCAGAUCCAGGAGAAGCAGAAGGAGCUGCCAGAAGACGUAGGGGAAGAUUUCAGCAAGGCCGAGUCCUUUCACCGAAUGCACGCCUCCUUCGAGAGGAACAUCACCGCUCUCGGCAACCAGGUCCAGCAGUUCCAGGAGACGGCCUCCAGGCUUCACGCCCAGUACGCGGGAGACAGGGCGGAUGCGAUCCAGGCCAUGGCGAGGGAGGUGGCGGAGGCCUGGAAGGGCCUCCUGGAUGCCUCGGACGGCCGCAGGACGCAGCUUUUGGACACGGCGGAGAAGUUCCGCUUCUUCAGCAUGGUGCGGGACCUGAUGGCCUGGAUGGAGAGCAUCAUCCAGCAGAUAGAGACACAGGAGAAGCCCAGGGACGUGUCGUCCGUGGAGCUCCUGCAGAAGUACCACCAGGGGAUCCGCUCGGAGGUCGAGGCCCGGGGAGCCAACUUCACCAGCUGCACGGACCUCGGCAAGUCCCUGCUGGCACGCAGGCACCGAGACUCCGCCGAGAUCAAAGAGAAGCUGGAGCAGCUGAUGGAGAAAAGGAAGGAAAUGAUGUUCAAGUGGGACGACAGAUGGGACUGGCUCCGACUACUGCUGGAGGUGUGUCAGUUUGCCCGCGACGCCUCGGUGGCGGAGGCCUGGCUGGUCGCUCAGGAGCCCUACGUGACCAGCAAAGACCUGGGCCACACCGUGGACGAGGUGGAGAAGCUCCUCAAGAGGCACGAGGCCUUCGAGAAGUCCACCGCCACGUGGGAGGAGCGCUUUUCCGCGCUGGAGCGCCUCACUACGCUGGAGCUGUUGGAGCUGAGGAAGCAGCAACAGGAGAUGGAGCAGUUUAUCAAAGAUGAGCAGCGCUCAUUUAAAGACAGCAGGAGAGAAGAUACAGGAUUUGUAGAGGACUCUUCACAACUCCAAACUAUCGAGGAACAAACUCUGUCCGGCGCUAUGGAGCCCAGUUCAGGUCAGCAGGAAGCGACUGCUGCUGCCGAAUCCACGGGGCCCGGGGUGUCAGAGAUACGGGAGAGCGCCUCCCUGGAGCUGCCCUCCAUCUCGGAAGUGGCUCCAACGGAGCCGGAGAGGGCCGCCACCAUGCCGGCGGAGCCCCGCCGAACCCAGCCGGUGCUGCAGGAGGGCGUGCUGGGCCGUAAGCACGACGUGGAGGGCUCUGGGAAGAAAGCUUCAAACAGGUCGUGGAACAACCUGUACUGCGUGCUGAAGCCGGGUCAGCUGUCGGCCUACAAGGACGCCAAAGGCUUCUCGCACGGAGUGACGUACCACGGCGAGGACCCCCUGUCCCUCGGCAACGCCAGCUGGGAGAUCCUCAGCAACUACAAGAAGAAGAAGCAUGUCGCCAAGCUGCGCCUCGGAGAUGGAAGUGAAUAUUUGUUCCAGUGUAAAGAUGAGGAAGAGCUCCAGAGUUGGAGCCAGGCCAUGGAGAAGGCCCUGCGUUCCCCGGCAGCGGAGGAGGCGGCGUCGGGGCCCUCGGGGGCCAAAGCCCUCAGCCUGCCCGCUCCCUCCUCCACGACCGGCCCGCCCGAGCCCAGCUCCGCCAAGAAAGACGAGAAGAAGAUGUUCAGCCGCUUCGCCAAGAAGAAGUGAACGUGGCGGGGAGGGGAGGUUGCCUAGGCAACCAGGAAGGAGAGAAAGUAGUAUUUGUGUACAAUGAGUCAGAGCGAGCUUUUUAAAUCACUAGAUUUUUUAUAUUAUUUUGUGAGAAUUACUUAAAACUAUUGUAGUUUAGGCUGAAGCCAUCACUAUUUGCCUGUAUUUAAGCCGAUGUAUUAUUACAAGAGGUCCUUUUAUUCUUUGUGUUCUUUUUAACAAAUGCCCAAAUUUAAAGGAUUAUAUUAAAAGCACAGGAAUGCCCCUUUCACACUCAACCAAAGAAUGUUUGUAAGACUUUGUUCUCGUCAAUUUACCUGCAGUUUUCUGCUUCAGUAAGGCAUGCUUCGAUAUAGGCCGGACGGUACCGUCAUCAAUCUGCCUUAUCAAAUGGUUGUGAACUGUAAUACUGUGCUGUUUGAGUUUGGAGCGUUAACUGCUAUUUAUAGACCCGGAGUGAACCGAAUCAUGUUUGACUGAAGCUUUGUACAUGCCGUGUAAAGAUUUGGUGAUGAGUAAAAGGUUACCAGGGUGCUGUACGGUACAAACACACACACAUUCAAGUGUAACUGCAGCUGCAGGCUAAGCCGAGGUCCGUACGAGCAGUCAUGUGACGACACAACCAGCCAGUCUUGGGUCCACUCAGGCUGUACUCUGAGCUGAUUCCUUUAAAAUAUACUCGACACUUGUGUAUUAAGUUUCAUAUCUAUUCCUUUACUUACACAGGAAAUCCAGACGUAUAUAGAAAAUGCAUGAAGUGAAGUUUUACAUUAGUUUGAUACGGUGCUACAGAAACUUCAAGCCACACCAACUUGACAUGCCUUAUUUUGUUUGGUAGCGACACAAACGCUGGGAGCAUGCAAAUAUCUGAGGGACAUUUCACAGAGACGGAGCAGAAACUGGGUUUCUGGAUUGCGGGACACAGAGAGCAGACACCUUUGGGGCCAAUCUGGACUACUUCUGGCACAGUUACGGCCCUGGGAAACGCUUACGUGGGUCAGACGCAUCCAACGGCACGUGAAUUGGGUCCAACUUGGGUUUAGGUUUGUGUUGUUCGGGCCAGAUGCGACAGUCUCGUUGUGAGCUCUGAACUGGACCACGUCCGGCGUUUGUGCAGCUUUUGACUUUGAUUGACAGGCACUUCUGUCAGUCAAAGUCGAAGGCAGGCCAAAUGUUCUUUGUUAUCUGGGAUCAUUUCUACUGAAAUGUAACGAGGGGGACAUAAAGUGGGACAUAUUUUGACCCCAAGGCCCCCCAAUCUGUCUUCUUAAUAGACGUAUUAUGCUAUCGGCCAAAGCUGAAAGCGUGCUUAUCCGUUUUUCUAAAGAUGCACAACAGGCCCCGGGUCCUCGAGGGGCCGCCGUCCAGCACGUCCCAGAUGUUGAUCCCUGGCCGACGACGACCUUUGAACCAGGUGAAGCAGGUGUGCUGCAGCAUGGAAACAUCUGAAACAUGCAGGACGGCGGCCCUCGGGGUCUGGAGUUCACCAGAUAUGCAGUCUGGACCAACUGAAUCCAGCGGGACUCGGACCGCCGUGUCGCCUCGGCCUGAAGAGCCAACACUCCAACUCAGGUUACCUCAGGGACGCAAAGAAAACAUCCUGGAAAACUACAUUUGAGAUUUAGGGUACAACAGGAACUCCAUCUUUCUGGAUGCGUCUGAUCCACCGGGUCAGCAAAGGCCCCGUUCAGCAUCCGUCUGGGUCAUUUCCAUUCAUAAACCUAAAUACCAAAUCUGUGUCGGUACCAGAGGAAGUCCAGUUUUUGUUCCCAACACGCCUCCAACAUGGUUUGACAGACUUGCAUCGUGUCUUUCCCUUUACACCUCCACCUCUUCCCCCGUUGCCAUUUCUGUUCAGUGGUUUUUAAAUCUGCAUUUUGUACUCUCUAGCCAUGUAAAAUAUUAAAAAGAUUUAAAAAAAAUAAAAAAAAGGUUGGUGGGAAGCAUAAAUAUACAUUUUGAAGAAAUAAAACGUAAAAUGAAUACCCUGAGACCACGUAAGC